CGUGGGAAAUACAAUGGUCUAUCCGGAUAUAAACUUGAUGGUUAUAAAACACACUUGAGAAUAAGAUAACGAUUCAAGAAAUGGUGGAUUACUUGUUUCUGUAAGAAUACAUACCGUAAAUAUGGCAAAAGUAGAAGAAAUUAAGAACGUAACAUCAUAAAAUGCACAGUUAUUGAGAUAUUUUAUAAUAAUUCUAAACUCUUUAAGGUUAUAAUGCAGUAAUUCGGUCAAAAAUGUGCUUCGAAAGAAGUCCCUAAUAAAUAGAUACUAAUUUUUUUCCAUUUUUCGCCCAUUCGCGCGUAAAUCGGGGGCCAAAUGGGCAUUAUUUCACUCGUGGAAUGAAUUUGACAUAAAAUAGGACACUUUUCAUGCUAAUAUUCAAAUGUUUCGAGUUGUUUAUUUGAAAUCGAAAGUAGGGUGUUUAUUCUGCGGACCGCUUUCUGAAAUGCGGCAAUAUGAAGGGACCUGACUUCAGUUGACUUGCAUUUCACUGCAUACUAUUCAACACCCCUUUUUCCUUUCGUUUUCUUGAAGCAAAUGUAUGGAUAUCUUGUGGAAAAUAGGUCUACGACGGAGUGAAAAUCUAGAAACUGUAACAAAAUUGUUCUGGAGUAGCUGAAAUUUAUAUGAAACAAAGAACAAUUUCUUUUAUUGGUAUAUAGCCUAUAAGGUAUGUCAAGUCUACUACUAUUUGGCUUAAACACUGAAUGGAAUGGAAAUGUCGUGGAAAGUAUAUAUUAUGAAAGAAAGAAAUGGAAGGAUCAUCCUUACAACAUUUACAACAAACAACUGAAAACAAACCUUACCAUAAAAUACCUCGGUGCUAUUAUUUUCAACGACCUUUUCUAGACCUUUUUCUAGCCUUUUUUACCAACAUGCUCCAGAAACCUGCAGUGGUACCAUUUCGACGCAGCUUCUCUAGACAACCAUGCUAUACAAGAAAAUGAUCGAUCUUAUUGAUGUUUAUGAAGUUAUUAUGUAACACUAUAAUAACGUGCAGUAUAGCAUAAAAUAUCGAGCGGUACACACGCAUAUUCGAUUUCGUAUAUAAAGAUAUACUGUUUUAUUAGCUUACGUGAUUCAUUAUUACCGAGGUAAGUGAAAGCAUGCCGCAUUGAAUCGCGAUACAGGAAGAGGAGGUUUAUAUUGACUCAGUAAGGCUUUGUAUCUUAUAAUAAUGGCAUGUUCUAGUAAACUUCGAGAUAUGAAAUAUGAAGAUGAAACGUUAGCUGUUCAAGACAUUAUUAACGGUGAUACUUUACCUAUUGUUGUAAGGACGACUAGUGUUGCUCGUCAAGAAGUACAAACAGAUAUACCUGAAGACACGGAUAUUCUUUUUCAACGCGUUUCUGAAGAAACAUGUGCACAUAUAAAAGUAUUACAAUUCUAUGACAAUAAAAAGGUGCAACAAGAAAAAGGUGGCGAGUAUGUUCUGGAGCAUGACACUUUUGUUGGAAACGAAUAUCUUAUGCCGCUGAGUUUUCAUGGGAAAGUGAAAUUUGUUCGUAGACCGGGAAGUCGUGGAAGAUAUUUGACAAUCAAACAGGUACUUGCUGACUCUCCAACGUCGGUAAAGGUUGAAAAUGAAACAAAGGCGUUUCUCUCAAGUGAUAUGGAACAAACAGUCAUGAUUCAAGCAAAGACGGUUCUAGAACUUAAAAGGAUAUACAGGACUGAAAAAGGUGUAUUUUUAGAAUGCGCGGAUGGAGAUAGAAAAUAUACAUUUCAUGAAAAUGAUGAAGUCAAUUUUACUGUCUUUGAGAAGGAAACACUUUAUACUCUGACCGAAUUGUCUGAUACGUCAUUUUUACCUCAGGUAGUGCUGUUUCAAGAGAUACAUGCGGAGGAUGCUGUAUUAAAGGACCACACAUUAAGAAGCGCGAUGCUAACUAUGGUCGAAGGGCCUAUUGAAGUUUUAGGCUUCAAAGUUGUUGAAUAUCUUAUUGGCUGGAUCAGAAACAAGAAUCACAAGACCUACGAAACUAUUCUUGUUCCGAAAAAUAUAUGGAAUAAAAUGUAUAUACAAAAGCUAUGUUUUUAUGAUGACGAGGAAAAGCAAAAGUGUAUUAAAAGAAAGUAUGGACAGUGUUUAAUAUCUGACUUUGUUAGCAACUCAUUAUAUCUAUUACCAUUGGAUCAAUGUGAAGUUUCAUGGCUCCGAAGCCCCGAUUUGUUCAAGAGAAAUUCGACAGGCGAUAAAUUGUACGAUGUCGUACAAAUUACUUUUGAAGAUUCAUCAGAUGAUAAUGAGGAAGAAGAGGUUUCUUUAUAUGCAGAAAUCGAAGAACCGCCCCCACCUAUUCCAAAAAGACAACCUAUCCACCCUGCAGGAAAACCUACGAAAGUCAAGAGGAGUAGUUCAUUUUUGAAUAAAGUACGGACUUUAUUCAAAAGUAGAAGAAGAGACAGAGCUGAUGAAGGAAGUGUCAAACAUAUUGAAAAACCGCCAGGCAGGCCACCUAAACCAAAGUUCCGUGUCAAUGCUGACGUUCAAUUACAUAAUGAUGCAGUUACCGAAUCGGAUAGGAUACCAAAAGGAGAAUGUAGUCCAAUUAGACCUCUACCGUUUCUACCGACCGAUGCAAUCAAUCGAAAUUACACAAAGCUGAUAUUCCCUGAAACACAGCCAGUGUAUGGCACUCCGAUGGUUGAUAACUGUACGCCAAACUCAGAACAGUGUCAUGCUGAACAGAAUACGACAAAUAAGAUGUCGUUAGCUUUUAACAGCAACAGCUCGCAAGAGGAUUUCUUUCUUUAUUCCGUGGAAGCAGUGUCACUCUGUUUAGAAAAUUGUGGUUUAAAACAUCUUGCCAAAACCUGUUCCGAACAAAUGUUGGAUGGUUCUUUCUUCGAUGGAUUUGAGGACUGGAAUGUGCUGAAUCUGUCAGGCUCAGAUGUUGAUUUCCUCAAGAAAAUAAUAUACAAGGGAUGGAGAUCAAGAAACGAUAGCUUAUAAACAUGCAGGUGUAUUACAAAAGGGUAGUUUAGCAAAAUAUUACUUAAAAGGACUGCAAAUAAAAUAUUUAGAUGAAUAAAUCCAUGCUUUGAAUGGAUUUGUGACAGCAAAACUUGUAUAGAUUGAGAUAUGUACAAAACGUUUUCCUUUUGGUUUGAUGCUAGACUGUUAUAAACGUGUCUAAAUGUUUUUGUUCUUUGAACCAUUGUCUUGAAAAAUACAUUUACAUUACAGUCCAACUGCGUUUUCUUCCUCUUCAUCAGGAAAGUUGAGACAACAAAAGUUGACCAAGAUAUCUAUUUACAAACCAGCAGUGUUUGUUUACUUUUCAUCAGGAAAGUUGACACACCAGCAGACGACAAUGACACGAUUUCCAUCAAAUCCAAGUGUUUCUUUGCGUUAAGUCAUGACUUCCUCAUUGCAAACUCUCGUUAGCAUAAUGUAUAUCUAAUUUCACAUUAAUAACAUCUGUUAAAAGAUCCUUGGAAGUAUAGAAUGCAACCAAGCAGAAUAAUAACAUAUUCAACAUCUCGACUACCUUUGAAUACAUAAGAUUAUCUUAAACAUAUUCAAGGUCACGCAGUAAGUGUAUUUAACCUUAACACGCAGAUUCCUUUUUCUACGGAGCACAUGAAGUGACAUGUUCAAUACAUUUUAUUUUGCUAUAAUGAAUUAAGAUUUUGGUACAACAAAUUAAGAUUUCGUUAUAACGAAUUAACACCUCGAUAUAGCUGUAUUCGAUAUCGUUAAAACGAAGUAAAAAUGUAUUGACUAUUCACCUACGGGAAUAUGUAGUUUUCCCCAUUAUUCUAAUUAAUUGCUUUAAGACCAGGUGGAAGGAAAGAGUGUGAAGCUUGUUUGACCAGAAAUAGCACCUGCUUUGGAAAAUAAUAUUUUUAAAGAUGUUUUCACAAUUAUUCCUAGCGGGAAGAUUUUUCUAUAAUUUUGCAUAUUUAUUGAUUGAUGUACCACAACUUAAAAUAGAAAAGAAAAACAAUAGGUACCCGUGCUUUUUUAAUAAUCAAAGUUUAUUAGGGACACCAAAUUGGUAUUUUCGUCUGUAAAAACAAUACAUACAUGUCAUGAUAAAACAAGUGCAAACAGCUAUUUACUUAAAAAUUCGUUUUGAUCUUCUUGUUUUUACAUCAUUACAAAUCAACAUAUAGAUAUAUCAACACAGAAAAUAAUGCUCUUCGGAAAUGUCUAAAAUAUCUAUAACUGGAAAACCCAAAAAGCAUUUCGUAUAUAUAUGAAAAAUCUAACAGACAGAAUUUAAACAAAUUUUGGAUUAUGUAAGCUAGAACUAAGACAAAAAAAUACUGAACCAAAAAAUAAUAAUAUCAACACGUGCUCGUUUUCAAGAAAAAAAAAGAAAAAAAUAUUCACCCCACCCACAAGGUUAUUUUUUCAUUACCCCACUCACCUUAAAAAUAUGAACUUUUUUUUUCUUUCUUACACAAUAAAUUGCACAAUGUUAUAAACAGUUUCAAAAUAAAUUAUCUUACAAUUCAGUGAUUGGUUAUUUAUUACAACACAUACCAGCAAUAAUAAAGAUAAUUAAAAUUUAAACUAGAUGUACCAUAGGACACUGGUACACCAACUUUCUAUCAAUGUACGGUCAUAUGCUAAUUGUUGGAAAUGCAAGACUUAAAAAACUUGAGGGAUACUUUAUGGGUAGGGAUACUUCAAAACAUUAUCAAGAACCCAAGAUAAAAGUAACUGGAGAAGUAAACAAAAUAUGAUUUUUUAAUUUCAGCGGGCAGUAAGGGGGAUGGUAAAUCCAAAACUAAACCUCAUGUGCACAACUUCAUAUACUCAAUAACAUUCCAAUAAACUUUCAUGCCUCUAGGUCUUACACUUUUUGAGAUACGUGCGAAACAAACUUUCAGACCCUUUAUGCAUAUUUUUGACUGUCAAUGGCCAUCACUCUGGUCUUACUACGUGAAAUCCAAAAUAAAACCCCAGGAGCACGUCACCACAUGUUGAAUAACAAUCCUAUGAUGUUUGAUUACUAUAGGUCAACCACCUUUUGAGAUAUGCACAACACAAAUUCGUAUGGACAAGGGCAAAUCUAAGUGCCCCCUCCCCCCCCCCCCCCAACA